ACCACACCAGAUUCUGGAGCAGGCAGCGGCCCGCCAACAGUAAUAACAGCCUCACGGCCAAUAAAUCUCACCAAGUACCAUUUUCUCCAGUCAAUUGAUCAAUCCAAUUUGACUUCUUCCCUUCGAGUAGACAACCCAAAGUCAACCCAAGUGAUCUUGAGUUAACCACCACCCCAUCCUAAUCACCGGAACAAACCAUUCAACAAUCUGAUCCUUUGACAAAACCAACUCUACCCAACCCUACUCUCUUUGCCCUCAGCUCACACUCAAAAUGUCGACCGAUAAGUUGACUCCCGAGGUCCUCUGGGCCCAGCGUUCAUCCAAGACCGAGGCCGAAAAGAACUAUGUCUACUUGACCAUCUCGGUCCCCGAUGUACCGGCAUCGAACCUCAAGCUCGAUCUCAAGCCGACCGGGCUGACCUUCACCGGCCACUCAGACACCCUCAAGAGGACGUACCACCUCGAGCUUGAGUUCUACGACGAGAUUGACCCGGCCGCUAGCGCCACGCACCACACCGCCAAGAACGUCGAGAUGAAGCUGCGGAAGAAGGAGCUAAAGGAGGAGUACUGGCCCCGUCUGCUCAAGGACUCCAAGAAGGUCCAUUUCCUCAAGACCGACUUUGACAAGUGGGUCGACGAGGACGAGCAGAACGAGGCGGCCGAGGAGGACUUUUCCAACUUUGGCGGCAUGGGUGGCAUGCCAGGUAUGCCCGGCAUGGGCGGCGCAGGCGACUUUGGAGGCAUCGACUUCUCCAAGCUUGGUGGCGGCGGUAUGGGUAUGCCCGGUGACGACGAGGAGAUGGACGAGGAGGAGGAGGACGACGAGAUGCCUGGUCUUGAGAACGCCGAGGAGGCCGACGCGGCGGCAGCCGGCAAGACGGAGGCCGCUGCCAAGCCUUGAUUAUACCCCGAAAACGCGGUCGAUCCGUGAAACCCGGAGUUUAAUCAAGAAGGAAGGCUAAACAAAAAAAAAAUAUAAACGAUUCUGUAACGUGUUUUGAGAAAGGGCGCCUAUGAACGACUGUAAUGAGACAUAGUUACGAUGAAUUGGUGAGGCAGACGAAUACGAUCGGAUGCGGCUGAUGUCAUAUUGUCAUACCAAGAUUCCGGCACUGUGUUUUUAAUAGACGAUACAAACCA